GAAAAACAUUCGAUCAGAUUCACCUUCAGACCAAACUAACAGCUACAGGAGAGAAAAGAGGAAAACUACAACACUGCUGCUUCAACCUGCUGACUCUCCACACACUGAAGCUUCACUCAGACUAAAUGGCUUCCAGAUCAGAGGAGGAUCUCUGCUGUCCGGUCUGUCAGGAGGUCUUUAGAGAUCCUGUUGUUCUGUCAUGUAGCCACAGCUUCUGUAAAGACUGUCUGAAGAGAUGGUGGAGAGAGAAACAAACACCAGACUGUCCAGUUUGUAAGAGAAGAUCUUCAAGAGAAGAUCCACCUGUUAGUCUGGUGUUAAAGAAGCUGUGUGAGUCCUUCUUACAGGAGAGAGAUCAGAGAUCUUCAGAGGCUCUCUGCAGUCUGCACUCUGAGAAACUCAAACUCUUCUGUCUGGACCAUCAGCAGCCAGUGUGUGUCGUCUGUCUACAUUCAGUAACACACAAACACAGCUUCAGACCCAUCGAUGAAGCUGCAGAACAACACAAGAAGGAACUUCAGGAAACUCUGGAGCCCUUAAAGAAGAAGUUAAAGAGUUUAGAAAAAGUUAAAGUGAAGUUUGAUCAAACAGCAGAACACAUUAAGGUCCAGGCCCGACACACAGAGAGGCAGAUUAAGGAGCAGUUUAAGAAGCUUCACCAGUUUCUAGAAGAGGAAGAGGAGGCCAGGAUGGCUGCACUGAGGGAGGAAGAGGAGCAGAAGAGUCAGAUGAUGAAGGAGAAGAUGGAGGCUCUGAGCAGAGAGAUAGCAGCUCUUUCACACACAGUCAGAGCCACCGAGGACGAGCUGAGAGCUGAAGACGUCUCAUUCCUCAACAACUACAAGGCUGCAGUGGAAAGAGUCCAGCAGCGCCCCCUGCUGGAGGAUCACCAGCUGCUCUCAGGAGCUCUGAUAGACCAGGCCAAACACCUGGGCAACCUGACCUUCAACAUCUGGAACAAGAUGAAGGACAUGGUCUCCUACAGUCCUGUGGUUCUGGACCCAAAUACUGCUGGUCCAAGACUGAUCCUGUCUGAAGAUCUGACCAGAGUGAGACGAGGAGAGGAACAGCAGCUUCCUGACAAUCCAGAGAGAUGUGAUAUUUACUGCAUUGUCCUGGGCUCUGAGGGUUUUAACUCUGGGACUCACAGCUGGGAUGUCGAGGUUGGAGACAAUACAGUCUGGGAAGUGGGUGUGUUAGCAGAGUCUGUCCAGAGGAAGGGAGACAUAUGGUCUAGAUUAUGGGGAAUAGGGUUCUAUGGAGGUAAAUACUCAGCAGUGUCACCAUCAGCUUCAAUAACUGUUCUCUCAGAGCAGAAGAAUCUCCAGAGGAUCAGAGUGAAUCUGGACUGGAACAGAGGAAAGUUGUCGUUCUCUGAUCCUGAUACUAACACACACAUACACACCUUCACACACACUUUCACUGAGAAACUGUUUCCAUUCAUUUACACUCGGGAUGAAGAUGAACUCCCAGUGAAGAUGUUACCAGUGAAGGUCUCUGUGACAGUGGAACAGAUCAGUCAGAGAAUAGUCCUCAACCCAAGUGAUAAGGGAGCACUCACCCACAUGUCCUCCAGUUUGACCUUCAGCAGUCUGGGCUGGAUGGUGUUAAAAGUGCUGGAGAAGUCGAAGAACAUGAUGCGGACUGAGGUGUUGGAUCCACCUGUUAGUCUGGUGUUAAAGAAGCUGUGUGAGUCCUUCUUACAGGAGAGAGAUCAGAGAUCUUCAGAGGCUCUCUGCAGUCUGCACUCUGAGAAACUCAGACUCUUCUGUCUGGACCAUCAGCAGCCAGUGUGUGUCAUCUGUCUACAUUCAGUAACACACAAAAACCACUUCAGUCCCAUCGAUGAAGCUGCAGAACAACACAAGAAGGAACUUCAGGAAACUCUGGAGCCCUUAAAGAAGAAGUUAGAGAGUUUAGAAAAAGUUAAAGUGAAGUUUGAUCAAACAGCAGAACACAUUAAGGUCCAGGCCCGACACACAGAGAGGCAGAUUAAGGAGCAGUUUAAGAAGCUUCACCAGUUUCUAGAAGAGGAAGAGGAGGCCAGGAUGGCUGCACUGAGGGAGGAAGAGGAGCAGAAGAGUCAGAUGAUGAAGGAGAAGAUGGAGGCUCUGAGCAGAGAGAUAGCAGCUCUUUCACACACAGUCAGAGCCACAGAGGACGAGCUGAGAGCUGAAGACGUCUCAUUCCUCAACAACUACAAGGCUGCAGUGGAAAGAGUCCAGCAGCGCCCCCUGCUGGAGGAUCACCAGCUGCUCUCAGGAGCUCUGAUAGACCAGGCCAAACACCUGGGCAACCUGACCUUCAACAUCUGGAACAAGAUGAAGGACAUGGUCUCCUACAGUCCUGUGGUUCUGGACCCAAACACUGCUCAUCCAGGACUCAUCCUGUCUGAAGAUCUGACCAGUGUGAGUGAAGGAGAGGAACAGCAGCUUCCUGACAAUCCAGAGAGAUUUGAUUAUUGCUGGUCUGUCCUGGGCUCUGAGGGUUUUAACUCAGGGACUCACAGCUGGGACGUCGAGGUUGGAGACAGUACAGUCUGGGGACUGGGUGUGUUAGCAGAGUCUGUCCAGAGGAAGGGAGACAUUCAGUCUGGAUUAUGGGGAAUAUGGCUGUAUAAAGGUAACUACUUUGAACUCUCACCAUCAUCUCCAGUCACUGUUCUCUCAGAGCAGAAGAAGCUCCAGAGGAUCAGAGUGAAUCUGGACUGGAACAGAGGAAAGUUGUCGUUCUCUGAUCCUGAUACUCCGUGUCCUGAUCUGACUGAUGUGAACACUCCAGUCACUGUUCUCUCAGUGCAGAAGAAUCUCCAGAGGAUCAGAGUGAAUCUGGACUGGAACAGAGGAAAGUUGUCGUUCUCUGAUCCUGAUACUAACACACACAUACACACCUUCACACACACUUUCACUGAGAAGAUGUUUCCAUACUUUGACACUGUGGAUAAUCUCCCAGUGAAGAUUACCACUGAAGGUCUCUGUGACAGUGGAACAGAUCAGGAUUUUGACACUGUGGAAAAACUCAGUUGA